AUGUCGAUUCGCAAGCUUCCCUGUCUCUGCAUUGGGCUGUCAGCCAUUGCUGGACUGUGGGCGUGCCACGCUGUCUGGCUGACGUCGGAUACCUGGCCGCUGGCGCUGCUCGGCCUCUGGGGACUGGCAGCUUUGGCUUUGCUACGCGUCAAGGAGUGGCUCAGCAGCUGCCGCAAGGCCAUGUUGUCUGUUUUCGCGGUGGUCAAGGUCAUCGGCAAGUGGUUGGCUUGCCUGUUCAUCCUCCUUGGCGUGGCCGUUGCGUGUGUCCACUCCAUCAAGGACUUGCAUUCAUCGAUGGUGUGGGACGUGAUGGCAACAAGCGUUCCGAAGUGGACCGAGCUGAAGUAUGACGAUGAGGCAGUGGCAGCCUUCUUCAGCAACGCCAGCAACCUGAAGGACUGGUUGACCAGCUUGGAUCUGGACGACGAUGGCAAACUCGGCAUGGCCAAGGUCGCAGAAGCCGUGCUCCAGACCGCCUUCCUUGCGUGUGCGGCCGGGGCUGCGGUGAAGUGUUGCAGGCGUUGGUUCGGCAAACAUGGCCAGGUGACGGCCUACGAUGCAGUUCUAGCCUUCGACUCAUUGGCCCACUUCCUUGCCACCGGCGAGAUCAAAUACCUCCAGUUCGCCGAAUCCCAGUUCGAUGCACUCCACGAAGACCGCUUUCGCAUCGUUGCAGUGGUGGGCCUCUUCGACAAGGGCAAGACGUGGCUAACCAACAAGCUCUUCCGAAAGAACCUCCCCAACGGCAAGCUGUGCACGACCAAGGGCUUGAGCUUCCUCUGGGUUCCCGAACGCCGGAUGCUCGUGCUGGACAGUGCUGGGGUGCAGGGCACGGUGUCUUACAAGUCGCAGGCCGUGGACUCGAUCCUGGACGCGCGGACCACGGAGUCGUUGAUGUUUGACAUGAUUUCGAGGAUCUCCCACCACAUGAUCUUCGUGGUCAACGACUUCACGUGGCUGGAGCAGGAGUACGAGGCCAUGCUCCUCCGCAAGUACCUCUCCGCGCAUCAGAACAAGGAGCUCAUCGUCGUUCACAACUUGCGCAUGACCUCGCGCGUCCAUGAGGCCCAGGAGCUCUUCGAGCGCCAGAUCACCCAGUGCUACGAGGGCGGCUCCUCCCACAUGGGCAAGCUGCUGUUCACCGCGGAGUUGGGUGACGCCCACCUUCCCGUACAUCACAUCGGGCUGUGCCAGGAGUACACGCAGGCUGGGAGGAAGUUCAACAACACGAACUGCGACUACCUCAUGCAGCAGCUGGAGCACCGUCACACCUUGGGCUCCAAGGUCAUCCUCACGAAGUUGCUGGAGACCGAGUUCACCCGCCUGAUCCCCAAGUUCGUCUUGGUGGAGACGGCCCCGGAGGUCGACAAGGCCGUGCAGGAGCUGAAAGUGGAGUACAGCGACAGCGAGUCCCAGCUGGCGACGCGAAAGCCCGAGCCCGGAGAAGGUGAGUACUUGGUCCGAGGGGUGAUGAAGCUGGUGUUGCCAAGGAGGGACGCGCAGGUCACCAUGAAGAAGCAGGGUGUGAUCUCCCCGCUUGGGGAGAUCAUCGCCCACGACGUCAGCUUCGAGCCCAACGUGAACGUCUUCGACCAGAGGGUGGAGGAUGGCACGGAGAGGCACAUCACCAUCGAAUGUCCUGGAGUCAGCGAAGAGGACAUCGAGUGGGAAGAGCUCAGCAAUGGUGUCAAGGUCACCAUCCAGAAGAGCAAGGCCAUCGACGAGGCGGUGGUGCAACCGGUGCAGCCCAUCAUGCAGAACCAUGGGACCUGGUUUAAAAACUUCGUCUUCGAUCAUGGCGACGGGCGCUUCGAACUCCGUGGGGGCGAGGAUUGCAUCUUGGAGCAGGGGGUCUUGACCAUCAAGCUGCACAAGUCGUCGCAGUCCCGCCGUGGCAAAGUGGGCCGCCACGUGGCCGACCCCUUGCCAACUCUGCUGACAGCCACAGCAGCAUCCUCGAUUUCCGGCUUCGAGGUCAUCCCAGCGGCAGACAAGGAGGCUGCAGAAGCCGGAGCGGAGAUCUGA